AUGGCUGGCAAAGGCAAGCGAGAGGCUGAGAGAGCUGGUGAAGCCAGAUCAUCGGUUGAACAUCCCGAUGUCGAGCCUUCCCAUGCUAUGGAGGAGGAGGAGGAUGCAGUGGACCUCGUUCACGAGACUGAGGUUGUAGCUCGUGGAGGCCGAGCACGGGGCCGUGAAACUCGUGGUGGUCGAAGUCAUAGUCGAGUCAAUCCGUAUGUGCUAGAUGGUCCAUUUCCCGGGGGUUCGCGGGAUCCGUCGUUGAUUUCGAGUUUCAAGUCGCACGUAGCGGCAUAUAUUUGGAGGGGAGAAAAAAGUCCGAUUGGACGAGUGGAGUCCCGUAUUAACUCCCUGAACCAUUUCAACUACGAGAAGAUAGGAGAUGCCCUGGCCCAGUUAGACAUAGAUGUCACUGCAGACAAGCAUUUUCUGCAGAUGACUGGUUUGUAUCCCCUACCCCGCUGUUUCCUACUGUGCAUAGAUGAUUCACUGUUGUUUGCAUUCGUGGAGUGGUGGCAGCCGGAGACGAACAACUUCCAUAUGUCGUGGGGAGAGAUGACUAUCACUCUUCACGAUGUCCAGAUGAUACUAGGUGCCAAUGUGGAGGGACUGGUGGUCGCGCCUAAGUACGACGAGAACAUCGAGCGGACAAACUGCGUGUAUUUACUGUCCGAGAUUAUGAACCUCGAUUUUGGGGAGAUUGACGAGUCAUUGGAGCAUGGGGGCCCCACAUGGAGGAUGAUAUAG